CCAAGGGCCCUACCUGCGCGCCAGGGUUUGACAAAGGAGGCUUGCCCAGGAACAAGGGGCUCUCUCCUUGCAAAAGCCUCCCGCUGCUUCGCUCCAGUGACAACCCUCCCUCGGGUCUCAAAGUGUUGCUGUCAAUCUCCCCUCCCCUUCCUCUUUGGCUGUGAAGCUCAGCGGAAAUCUCUCGCCCUUUGGCCAGGAACAGCAUGGCUUCAGAAAUCCACGGAGGGCCACGGACCCGCCAGUUGCAGCCUGCGCGUUCCCUUCCGGGGCCUUCUCAUUGCCUGAAGCAUUUCCCUGUUGAUCUGCGCACCUCCAUGGAUGGCAAGUACAAAGAGAUUGCUGAGGAGUUAUUCUGUCGCUCAUUGGCUGAUAGUGAAAUGCGCAGUGCUCCCUAUGAAUUCCCCGAAGACAGCCCCAUUGAGCAGCUCGAGGAGAGACGUCAGCGGCUGGAGCGGCAAAUCAGCCAAGAUGUGAAACUAGAACCCGACAUUUUACUCAGAGCCAAACAGGACUUCCUGAAAAUUGACAGUGCUGCUGACUUACAAUUGUUCAAGGAGCAGGGCGAAGAUGUGGUGGACCAUCUCCCAAAGGAACGAGAUGUACUUCUGGAGAGGGAAUUCCAGAGGGUCACUAUCUCUGGAGAAGAGACGUGUGGGGUUCCCUUCACAGACUUGUUGGAUGCUGCCAAAAGUGUAGUGAAGGCUCUUUUCAUCCGGGAGAAGUACAUGGGGUUUUCUCUGCAAAGUUUCUGCAAGACCACUGCUCGCUUCCUGCAAGACCUUUCUGAAAAGCCCUUGGCCCCCAGGAUGUACGAAGAGAUCCCAGAGACCCCUGUGGCAGCAGAUGCCCCAGUACACCCACCAUUUACAGACCAGCACCCUUACGAGAAGUGUGACCCAGAAUCAAUGCCUGGGGACCUUGGAUUUGGCCUCAAGAUGGUCAAUGGGGUGGUUCAUGUGUACACCAAGCAAGACGUCAUAGACAAGAGCACAGAACUGGAUUUACCUUACCCUGACCUACAAGAGUUUGUUGCUGACAUGAAUGUCCUUAUGGCUCUCAUCAUCAAUGGUCCCAUAAAAUCCUUCUGCUACAGACGACUGCAAUAUCUAAGUUCAAAGUUCCAGAUGCAUGUCUUGCUGAAUGAGAUGAAAGAGUUGGCAGCCCAGAAGAGGGUGCCACAUCGUGAUUUCUACAACAUCCGGAAGGUGGACACACACAUCCAUGCAUCAUCUUGCAUGAACCAGAAGCAUCUGUUGCGAUUCAUCAAACGGGCAAUGAAGAAGCACCUGGAGGAGAUUGUUCAUGUGGAGAAGGGCAAGGAGCAAACCCUAAAGGAGGUCUUUGAGACCAUGAAUCUCACAGCCUAUGAUCUCAGUGUAGACACACUUGAUGUCCAUGCGGACCGUAAUACCUUCCAUCGGUUUGACAAGUUCAAUGCAAAAUACAACCCCAUUGGUGAGUCUGUCCUGCGAGAGAUUUUCAUCAAGACUGACAACAGGGUUUCUGGAAAAUAUUUUGCCCAUAUCAUCAAAGAAGUGAUGUCUGACCUAGAAGAGAGUAAGUACCAGAAUGCAGAACUACGUCUCUCCAUCUAUGGCCGAUCUCGAGAUGAGUGGGACAAGUUAGCCAAGUGGGCUGUGACACACAAGGUGCAUUCCAACAAUGUGCGCUGGCUUGUGCAGGUGCCACGUCUCUUUGAUGUAUACAAGACCAAAAAGCAGUUGGCCAAUUUCCAGGAGAUGCUGGAAAACAUCUUCCUGCCUCUCUUUGAAGCUACAAUCCAUCCUGCAAGCCACCCAGAAUUGCAUCUUUUCCUGGAGCAUGUAGAUGGCUUUGACAGUGUGGAUGAUGAGUCCAAACCAGAACACCACAUCUUCAACUUGGAUAGCCCCUUACCAGGCAAUUGGGUGGAAGAAGACAACCCACCCUAUUCAUACUACCUUUAUUACACGUAUGCCAAUAUGGUGGUACUGAAUCAUCUCCGCAGGAAGAGAGGCUUUCACACCUUGGUGCUGCGCCCCCACUGUGGGGAGGCUGGACCCAUCCAUCAUCUGGUGUCAGGUUUCAUGCUGACAGAAAACAUAUCGCAUGGCCUCCUGCUGCGAAAGGCACCUGUGCUCCAGUACCUCUACUAUCUGGCCCAGAUUGGCAUUGCCAUGUCUCCACUUAGCAAUAACAGUCUGUUCUUGAGCUACCACCGCAACCCACUGCCAGAGUACCUGUCUCGGGGCCUCAUGGUCUCCCUGUCCACAGAUGAUCCUCUACAAUUUCACUUCACUAAGGAGCCCCUGAUGGAGGAAUACAGCAUUGCCACACAGGUGUGGAAGCUCAGCUCUUGUGACAUGUGCGAACUUGCACGCAACAGUGUGCUCAUGAGUGGCUUCUCCCACAAGGUAAAGAGCUACUGGCUUGGGCCCAACUACAUGAAGGAGGGACCAGAGGGCAAUGAUAUCCGGCGCACCAAUGUCCCAGACAUCCGGGUGGCUUACCGCCAUGAGACACUCUGCCAGGAGCUGACUCUUAUCACUCAGGCUGUGCAGACAGAGGAGUUGGAGACCAUCCAGGAGGAGGACAUUCUGACUAUGAGCUCCAGUCUGGAUGCUCGCUAAAGGAUUACAAUCUCCUGUUCAGCUCCAUGAAGGUGAAGCCAUUUUGCAGGCAUGAGGAGAACUUGGACAUCCACCCACUCCUGCCCCAUGGACCCUUUUAAUUUCCUGUUGUGUUUCCAUUUCAAAGCAUACCGUUACCUUCUCUCUCUUUUCCUCCGUGAAAGCCUUAAUGUUUUGUUUGCACUUGGUGAUCUUUUCUUGGCUGCUACUAUGUUGCACUCACAUUAGUUCAGUGGAACUGCAGAGGACCAUCUGUGGACAGGGAGACCAUGAGUUGGAAAUUAUUCGAAACUCCCACUGGAAUCUAGAAUGAAAUCUAGGAAGGGGAGAAAGAAAGAACUUCCUGCGAAUGGAUGGAAGAUCAGGAAGUGUUUUUUGUGAGCUGAGUUCAGAAGUCAUAGAAAAAGUUGACCCAGGGACCUGUGAGAGCUCAGAGCACAUGUGCACACUUGCACAUAGGCAAAACAAAACACCAGCGAGUAAGCAUGUAUCCUGGUUAUGUUUGCAAUGAGAGGCUGUGUAUUUCGUCAAGCCAGAAGCUAAAGCAUUUUUAUGCCACCUUCUGCUGACUUGCAUAUAUAUUUUCCUUGGCUGUUUCUAGCUACUAUUUCCCAUUGGCCAGUAAAAGAAACUUUUCAGGCAAUCUUUCGCCAAGAAAUAUAGCCUAGCACCACAGUUCCUAUCACCCAGUAAAAUCACUCACUGUGAGUGAGAUAUGGCCAAGAGACAAGAGCCUUAGGUGGAAAAGGUGAAAGGUUUGGUGACAGUUUUUGGCCUCCAAAACCUUCAAGGGACCCCAGAUCACUAAACUACCACCACCCUGAAAAAAUAGGUUGAGAUGCUCUGACCUUGAAAAAGACUAAAAACUGCUCCUGGAACCCUUCGGAAGCAGAAAGCAGAAUUUCUUAAAAGUGGAAAUAAAAUUAAGGUAGAGCAGAUCUGGAAGGCUCUAAAAGGCUCUAUCGGCCUUAAAAAUGGCCCUGUAGGACACAUACUGAUUGCAGGCUGCACUUUACCUACCCCUGCUCCAAACCUUUAGUGUCGUUGGCUCAGGGAAAGCCCUAGCCUUUGAACCCCAGCCUUAGGAGGUAGAUUACUGUGAGCAGAAGGGAGCACACCUCUAUUCUCACUCAAUAUAAUAGAGAGAAACUUGAGUGCCAGAUAUCUGUCACUUUUAACCAUUGUGUUUCUUUUAUGAAUCUCUUUGACACUCGCUAUAGUCAUGUAACAUGAGAAAUGGUUGCAUGUCUUUAUUAAUGCGGUGUCAGCUAACAGUGGUUCUGCAACUGAAGGAUUAAGGCUGCUUCCUUUCUAUCAGAUGCAGCAGUUGAACCUUGGAGCCAAGAUGCUUAUACAACAUGGGGGAAACUGCCUUUGUCCUGUGAGCAAAAUGGAUCUGCUGCAGAAAACCUGUGAUCACUUCUGAGUUUUUUUCUUUCAUAAACACAACUUUAAAGCAAAGCUUUGAAAAGUUACUUUUCUGGACUUUAGAUUCAAGAUCAUCCAGCUGGUUUGACCACUGGGCAGAUUCUGGGGGAAAAGUAACAUUUCCAAAUUAUGCUUUGCAAUGGCUCCAGUUUAAAUAAAUCAGGGAGGGAGAGAGGAGGAAAAUGUGAACCCAGCUUUCCCUACAUUGGCACCUUCUAGAGCAGCUGGACUAAAGGUCCCAUAAUCCCACAGCCAGCAUACCAAUAUAGGGACUGUAGUUCAACAACUUUGGAAGGCAUUAGAUUAGGGAAGAGCAGUUUCAGCCAAUUUCCCUGAUCUUAAUUGUUCCUCCAGAAUUCUCUUAUGUGAGGAACAAGGAACACAGGAGCCUGCAGUAAAUCUGUAAAGUUGUUUUUUGUUGUAAAAGACAGUAGCAGUUUGGAGAAAUGAAUUGAGGUUUUUUAAAUAAAUGGUUCAGAAGUAAGAGUAGUGAUAAUACCAGCACUACUGUCUGAAUGUUUCUCCCUGGAGCUGCUUUUAACACAUUUGUUUGCUUUUUUAAAAAGUUGGAGGAUUACUCACCUCUCUGUUUUGGCCACUGGUUCGUGCCUGAUGCAUGUGUCUACAGGAAGAGUUUUUCACCCAUCUACCCUCUUUAUCAGAAUAUAGGUUGCUUCUCAGUUGCUUGGGUCUGGGGAGGAUGUCUAGUUUUCUUUGUCAUGCUUGCACUCACCACCAAGGCAACCUCCUUUUCUUGACUGUCAUAGGUUGAGGAGACAACCUCUGGUCAGGUGUCUCUUUCUGCAUAAUGCGUAUAUAGACAGGUAUCUUCUUUCACUGUUGGCAAGAAUAAAAGCCAUAGAAAUCUUGCAGUUUUCUUACCAGCAAAAUUGCUGCUUUUCUAGGAGCAGACUAAAAAGCCUCAUGUUGGCUGAUAAUACAUCUGAAGAGGGAACCUGCAGCAACAUCUGCCCUUUUCUGAUGCUGUGUCAUUGCGGCACUGUAAGAGGCAGGAGACCACACCUAUCUUCACUUUGCAUGUUGAGUUUUGCUCAAUGAAAUGCUCAUAGCCAGUAUAAGGCCUUUCCUGUUAAAAGUACUGUCCACAAAUUUCUGAUGAUGAACUCAUGUACAGCUUUUAAAGCCUCACCAGUCCUUUCAAACCAGCUGUAAUAGGGAAUUCCUUACGAAUUUGCCCUCCUAGAGUAGGAGACAAGCUUUGUAGAGUCUUUGUGCCACUCAGGCCCAAAACUAGAGCAGCGGUCAUUCCCUAAAGGCUGCCUCCCUCUUGCUAUCAGACAUGUCUGUCCUUGCAGUCACAAGCAGUUUUAGCUCCGUGCAAAAUGCAUUUUGCAAACCUUUUGAGGACAACAGUGACAGAUAUUGAGGAAUGUCUCCAAGGUAAGCAGAGAACAUGCAGUGCCCUCCCUCUAGGCUGCUGUGGACCAAAUUCUCAAAAUCUGUCUUGUAGCCAGUGCCUUGCUUAGAGUCGUGUGUGGAGUGUGCCAAGACUGGGUAGAUCUUCCUCCAGUGUGAAUUCUACCUCUGGAAUUGAUGUGUGCUUUAUAUUGUCUUGUGAGGGCAUACAUGUGCAUGGGAGAAAGGAACCCCCAUUUUACAGGGUCUUUGUCUGUCUGGCAUGCCACCUCCAUGGUUUGGGAAGGAGGAAAUAUUUUCUCUGCAUUUCCAUGCUUUUGUUUGAGAUAUUGCUGAGUACCCUGAGAGCCUGGGGUGGGAAGGUCUUGUGACCAGCAGGUGUGCCUCACGAAUAUGAACCACACUGUUUGGUGUAAAAGAACGGUAAUUUCUGAAAAAAACAGUUUUAGUCUGGCCCAGCAAGUGGAACACAACUGUGUUCAAUGCUAAGAACAUUGUGUCUCCCUGACCCACUCCCACCCCAUCUCUGUCCUCCUUGCCAGAACCUGCCUAGCUUUUCUUGGGUACCUUGAAGGUAUGUGCGCCUUGUUAGUUUUUUGCUUUGUUGUCAGUAGGAGAUGGAACUUGUAUCCUGCUGACCAUCACUGUACCCUUUUCACUCUGGUAAUUCUGUGUCAUUUGGAUGACUUCUAUGCUUGUUUGUGCUGAUAUGUGGUGUUAGAAAUCCUAUCAAGCAUCAGCAUGAUACAUCAUUAAAGAUUAUUUAAGUAAA